AUGAAUGAGGCUGAAGAAGUAAUCAGUGAGUUACCGGAUGUCCUUGCAUCCGAUAUCAAUUCGGAAAUAGAAUUUCAAAUUAAAGCGGUCAACGGCCAUGAAGGAUCUGUUAUCAAGAAGGGGAAAUACAAGGGUCAAAUUAUGGGCUUGUUCACGAGCGGGGGUGAUGCACCUGGAAUGAACAGUGCGGUACGUGCGAUAGUUCGAGUAGGUCUAUAUCUUGGUGCACGGGUAUUCUGUAUUCAUGAAGGGUAUCAGGGCAUGGUUGAUGGUGGAAAGUUUAUUAGAGAGGCCACCUGGGAGACGGUUUCGGAUAUUAUCCAGAAAGGUGGUACAGUGAUUGGUUCAGCACGUUGCAAAGAUUUUCGGGAACGAGCAGGACGAUUGAAAGCAGCCGAGAAUCUGAUUCGACAUGGUAUUACAUCGUUGGUUUGCAUUGGAGGUGACGGAUCAUUGACAGGUGCCAACACAUUUAGAAAUGAAUGGUCUGGACUGGUAAAAGAAUUAUUAGAUGCAAAGAUUAUUACCACAGAAGAUGCCCAGAAAUGUAAGUUAAUUCAAAUUGUUGGAAUCGUCGGUUCAAUUGAUAAUGAUUUCUGUGGUACCGAUAUGACGAUUGGAACAGAUACCGCAUUACAUCGAAUCACAGAAGCAGUCGAUUCAGUUCGAUCAACUGCUCACAGUCAUCAGCGAUGUUUCGUUGUUGAGGUCAUGGGACGUAACUGCGGCUAUCUGGCACUAGCCGCAUCACUGGCACUGGAUGCCGAUUUCUGCUUCAUUCCGGAAUGGCCACCACCUCCUCAUUGGAAGAGUAUUUUAUGCAAAAAGCUGAAACAAAUGCGUGAGGAUGGAAAUCGUGUCAAUAUUGUGAUUGUUGCCGAAGGAGCCAUUGAUCAUAACGGCACUGCGAUAACAUCAAGUAUGAUUCGGGAUGUGAUCAAGAAGAAUAUGAAAUAUGAUACACGUAUCACAAUCUUGGGACAUAUCCAACGUGGUGGCAGUCCAUCUGCCUUCGACCGGUUGCUAGGCUGUAGAAUGGGAGCAGAAGCUACAAUAGCAUUAAUGGAAAUGAAUGAGGAUUCGGAACCCUGCGUUGUUUCCAUUGAUGGGAAUCAGAUGGUACGCAUUCCGUUGAUGAAAUGCGUGGAACGUACGAAAGCUGUCAAAUCAGCAAUGGAUAUAAAGGAUUGGGCAUUGGCUCUGAAAUUACGUGGUCGUAGUUUUCGACGAAACGUGGAAAUGUAUCGUACCCUAUCCAAAAUCCGUAAACAUGAACCGGUAUUGGAAGGUUUCAAUAUUGCUAUUAUGAAUGUUGGUUCACCUUGCGCAGGUUGCAAUGCAGCAGUGAUGAGCUGUGUCCGAACAGCUAUCCUUCAAGGAUGUGUUCCGUAUUGCAUCUAUAAUUCCAAUGAAGGCCUUGCUUCUGGUCAGUUCCAAAAAAUGGAGUGGAAUGAUGUGGCGCUGUGGUCUGCGGAAGGAGGUUCAUUCCUUGGCUCCCAACCGGGUCUUCCCACUAAUGACACCUUACCAUUAAUGGCUAAGAAUUUGUUAAACUUCAAUAUCCAUAGUUUGAUUAUAAUUGGUGGUUUCAAUGCUUAUCAAACAUGUUUGAUAUUUGCUCAAAAUCGUGAAAAUUUUCCAUCAUUUCGGAUUCCAAUGUGUGUCAUUCCGUCCACCAUCAACAAUAAUGUACCGGGUACAGGAUUCACUCUUGGUGCUGAUACAUCGUUAAAUGAAAUUUGCAAAAUGAUUGAUAAAAUUAAGCAAUCAGCAACCGGUUCCAAACGUCGGGUUUUCAUCAUUGAAACGAUGGGAAGCUAUUGUGGUUAUUUAGCCACAUUAUCAGCGAUGGCAAGCGGUGCUGAUGCAGCUUAUAUCUAUGAAGAAACAUUUGAUGUCCAUGAACUGAUCAAUGAUAUACGUGUUAUUGCGGAAAAGAUGAAAACCGGAGCUCAACGAUAUUUGAUAGUUCGCAAUGAAAGAGCAUCAGAUAACUAUACGUCUGAAUUCAUCCGGCAACUGUUUACGGAAGAAGGUAAAGGUAUUUUCACAACUCGGACCAAUAUAUUAGGUCACACACAACAGGGUGGCAAUCCUUCACCAUUUGAUCGACUUUUUGCUGCAAAAAUGGGUGCUCGAGCGGUUGUUCAUCUUCUUGGACAGAUGAAAGAAUUUAAGAAGACAAACCUUUGCCAUCCCGGUACAGCAACACUACAAGGACUAAUCGGCAAAUAUGUCUGUUUAACACCAGUAGAAGAAUUGAUGGAAGAUGCUGACUUCGCACAUCGUCUACCCGUGGAACAAUGGUGGAUGAAGUUACGACAGCUAUUACGCAUACUUGCAAAACACGACUAG